CCCCGAACUGGGGGCAGGAGGCGCUCGCGGUGUGGAGGGGGCGGAGGGCGCGAGGGCAGUGCUACGGCGGCCGCGCGGGGCCAAACGCCGCCGGGCGCGGGAGCCCUGGCCCUUCGGGGCGGGUGGGGACGCGGGAGCCGCCAGGCCCGCAGCCACCGUGCGUGGGCACCAUGCGGCCGCCCUGCUCCGGGAGCCCCGAGGGACCACGGAGCCCGCAGGCCGGGACGCCGGCGCGGAGAGGGCACCCGAUGUAGGCAACCUCCGAUGGCGGUUCCCACGUAACCUGGAGCCACUGCCGCUUCUCUUGUCCUCGAGGCCGGUCUGCACGCCCCGCGUCCUGCGGACACACCAGCAGGCGGUUGCCACACCUGCCAGGCAUGGCCCACGCCUCCCCCGCCGCGGGCUCGCAGGCCUAGGUGCCCAUGACGCUGACCACCGCCUGGACGCUGCGUCUGCCGCCAGCUAGCGCCGAGGCCCCGAUGCCGGUCAUGCCCAUCCCCCGGCGGGUGCGCUCCUUCCACGGCCCGCACACCACCUGCCUGCACGCGGCCUCCGGGCCCCUCCGCACCUCCCGCCUGGCGCGCACCAAGUACAACAACUUCGACGUGUACAUGCGCGCGCGCUGGCUCUACGGCUUCAUCCGCUUCCUGCUCUACUUCAGCUGCAGCCUCUUCACGGCCGCGCUGUGGGGCGCGCUGGCCGCGCUGUUCUGCCUGCAGUACCUGGGCGUGCGCGUCCUGCUGCGCUUCCAGCUCAAGCUGUCGGUGCUGCUGCUGCUGCUGGGCCGCCGGCGCGUGGACUUCCGCCUGCUCAACGAGCUGUUGGUCUACGGCAUCCACGUGACCCUGCUGCUGGUGGGCGGCCUGGGCUGGUGCUUCAUGGUCUUCGUGGAUAUGUGAGCGCCCGCGGCCUGGGCCGGGCUCGGUUCCUGCGACCAGUGGGGCCGAUGCCUGCGGCCGGCCGCUUCUUGACCAGGUAGCUCAGGGCCUUGUCUUUCACGCUACGUCCAGUAGCUGGUUCUCUGCCCAGGAGAGGAAUGGGCUGUGACUUCUGUGCAUGGACGCUGCGCCCUCCCGUCCGCUGACCCUCCUGUGUGUGCAUUCAGGGGCACUCACCCUUGGCCACCCCCAUGGCUCCAGCCCGCACUUUCCCAGACCGUGCUUGGGGGUGGUCACGAUCAGUCUGUACUUGGAGAGCCUCUGUGUCCCGUCCACUCCCCAGGACACAGGCGUCCCCAGUGGUGUAGGGGUGUGCUGCCCAGGAACAAGUCUGGAGGGGUCUUCCUGGACUCGCCCCGGCCCCAGCCGUAGGGAAGCAUCAGGUCCAGUCACCACACUGCCACAGGGCCGCCCCGACAGCACCCUGAGAGUGGCCAUGUUGCCUAGUGACCACCAUGGGGUCUGAGUCCCGGCCAGUCUUCAGGGCCUUGUUUGUGCAGGCGCAGUCCAGCAGGGAGUCAGGCCCCGGCAGGUGGGAGACUGGGCUCUGGCCCCGGGCAGAUCCGUCUUCCUCCUGGGCAGGUCGGGGAGUGUCAGGCCCCUUCACAUGUGGGUUUCUGGGGAGGCACCUCAAUCCCUCUCUGGCUCUGGGGCUGCUUUUGGUCAGAACACAGAAUGGGACGCGUGUCUGGAGCAGAUGUCGGCGGUCUCGGGCCGGGCGCUGGGUGUGCCACGAAACGUGGGCAGACCUGUGUUUGAGGCACCACCUAGUGUCGAGGGGUGGCCCGGGGCUGGAUCUCUGGGUGAGAGGCUAGGCGCCCCUUUGCUCCUGCCCCGGGGCAGCUAGAGCAGCUGGGGAGUGGGAAGCAAAAAUGAAUGUCCGCAGGGACUGUGGCCAGGAAAGAGCAAAGGGCAGGUCGUCCUGGGGGACCGUUUUGGUCAGAGAACCACUCCAGAGCCAGCUUCUAUCCCGACCCUUCCUCUGGCCUGCAGCGAGGGGGACAGGGUGGCCAUGUCGCUCAGUGGCCACCGUGGGCCUCCUUGGCCAGUGGGCGGGCACUCUGAAUAAUUCUGCUGGGACAACAGGCAGAGUGGUCCCUUUGACCCUGCCUGGCCAGGGAGGCCAGUGGCCCCAGGGGGACUGUCAGGAGUUAUGUGCCACUGGAAGGAGCCCCAAAUCAGGUAGAAAAAGCAAAAAGCACUUGGCUGUCACCGUGCCCCUCCGUUUGUGGCCGGCUCUGCUGGACGGUGGUCAGCCUGAGGUCAGUGGGAGGCUCCUGGAGGAAGGAGCUGAGGCGCUGACCCUCGGAGACCCCGCAGCACUGCGGAGCAUCUCUUGCACUAAGUCAUGCUGUUCCCUAUAAGCUUUGUUUUGUGUUAAUUAUUCACGCUGCUCACAUCCUUCGAAGUCCCCUGACUGAGGUCGGCGUGAGCACACCAUGGGGAAGGCAGGAGGGUCUGGGUGUGUGCCACCGUGGGUGUCUGCGCGGCAGUGCUAGGAGUUGACACGCUCAACGAGCAGUUGCCCGGGGUCUCGAGUGCCUGUGAAAUUCUUUAUGAAACGAGCCACCUGCAUUAAACUUAUUUUUUUAAUGUGU